UAGAAUUACUUUCUAUAAAAAAAAGAAGUAGACUUGAUAAAUACCAUAAAAUAUAAACAAAAAAGAUGUUCGAUGUCCGCUAGUACAUUGGUCACUUGGACGCCCGCUAAAUUUCGAGUUUGUCAAUAACAAAAGUCCCCUGUUAUCGCACCGGUGUCGAACACGGUGUCUAAAGACGAUAAAUAAACUUGCAAAAUAAAUCAAACCUAUAUAAGAACGGCUCAAAGUGCGCAAAAAAGCGGAGAAAUGUUUCUAGCUAGUUUGUGGGACUUUUAAGUAAGGACACUAAUUUCAAAUUGCAUAUAGUGAGUGAAUAAAUAGUGAUCGGGGUUACUUGCAUCCAGAUUUAACCAACCGCUACUACUGGAAUCUAAAUAAGGGGAGACUUGCGGGUAGCGAGCGAAACCCUUUGAGCCACCUAUUUCGAGUGCGGUAUAACGUGUAAGAUGGAGUCUACUGGCAGUGGUAAAAGACGUGGAGACCGUAUCGUUCUCGAUGAAGCUCAGCGGGAGCGACGUCGCCGUAAGGCACUUGACGCGCUUGAGCAGGACAACUACCAUGAAGAUCCGCAUGCCAACCUGGUCAUGAAUAAGAAGGCGCCGAAGUUUGAAGAAACCCUUCUGGGCCCCGCGGAACGUAAGGAACGACCAGGAAAACGUAAAGGAGUACGCGAUUUCAAGCAGGUUCGAUAUAAGAAGAGUCUGGACGCCUUGCUCGAAGAGGACCACGCAUUGGGUACAGAACCGCCGAACUAUAUGACCGCGCAAGCUGCACCAUCGAAAUUUCCCGCUAGACAAUUCUGCAGUGUUUGCGGUUUUGAGGGGCCCUAUAGAUGUGUAACUUGUGGAUCUAGAUACUGUUCCGUGAAGUGUCUCAAUACCCAUCAAGACGUGCGCUGUUUGAAGUGGAUGUCUUAAGGAAUGAUGGUUUAAUGUGAAAUGUAAAAUAUACACAUAGUUGCAUUCUAUAUCUCAUAUCAUAGACUAUCAUGUGUCAACUUCGACAACUCAGAAGAAACACCUUGGAUGUUAAUUAAGAAUUAGUUUGUAAGUUCCAGGUUCGGGAGCCUUGAAAAUAUCGUUUAAGUUUAAACAAACCCAAAUUUAUAUAUUGCAACACCAGUUGUUAAUCUUGUAAAUAGUUGUGUAUGUAUGUAGACGAUAAUAUUUUACAAACGUGCAAAAUACAAUAACAUAUAUUUCCUUAUUACAGUUCGUGGAUUGAUAUUAUUGGUAUUUAAAUACCGUAAGAGUUCUCAACGUUUCAGUUAUGUAAAACUUAAGGUUGCGCAUAGGAAAAAAACGUUGUGAAUGACGAUAGACACUGUUGCUUAUUGUUGGAAACGUGUAAAUGGGUGUGGAGGCUGUAUAGUUUGGGUACUUUUAACUAGGCAACACUACAUAAUGUCAGUAUACAAAGCUUAGUCAAUAAAUAUUAGAACUCCCAAUUUUAUCAAUAAAUUAUAUGAGUUAAGUCGAUUCGCUUCGAUUUGCUUUUGAUGGAAGCCAGCGGCCCUCGGCAAUCUCCAUUCAAAUUUGACGUGGAUUCAACUAAAUUUUAAAUUUAUUUAAAACUGUUAGAAAGUAUCAAGCAUCAAUGUGUUGCAGAUUUCUUGGCGCCCAGAUGGAGGGCUAGUUUGGCAUCUCUAAACUUUGAUUGAAAACGGAAUUAAAUAUUUCCAUAUAUUUUAAUUCAGUACAUGUUAUAUAUAAGGUAUAAAGCUGUUUAAGCAGGAACUAAGUUUUAGAGUACAGUCGUUUUAGAAAUGCUUCAUAAGAUACCAACUUUGACAUUUGUUUUGGGAGUACAUUAACAGUUUGAACCGAAAUGAGAUCAUGAUUAUCAUUCUAUAACUUUUCUGAAAAUUCCGCAGUCAUUAAAAAGUAUUCUUAUGAACCCUCACAAAUAUUAUUCAAGCAUGUUGGUCGCCGAAGAUCACAGAUCUAUGCGGAUGCCUGAUGAAUAAUUGCCUACAGAAAUGCGCCGAUUUAUGCUUGGUUGCUAAAACGAUUUGAUUUUUAAUAGAAAUAAAUAUCGUAGUUUCACCAAUUCCAGUGUUCAUUAAAACUGGUCAUUAAUGACUUUCCGUUUAAAAAAUGAAUAAAGAGAGAAGACAAAAUCGAAAACAUUUAGCUUGCCUCGCGGUGCCAUUGCUAUAGCAUUAACGACGACUUUCGCUUAGAAUGAGCCUUAUGUCACGUAAGGUCAACAUUAUUUACCGAGCUCUAUUCUGAACUAUUUACGGCUGAUUACUUUUUUCACAGUUACGUCU